UUCCCAACCGCCUUGCGUUUGUCUUCUCAAGCGCUGGCUUCCCUUUCCGGCAUACUCGCCGUUCGCUCUCCGGCUUCAUCUCAAUUUUCGGAAUUCGUCGGCCUUGAUUCGUGAGAGAUUUUAAUAAUAAUUAAGACACAAGGCACGCUUAGUGGUCAGAUGUGAUUUUCAUGAUAAUGGACCUGGCACCCUUUAAACUAGAUAUUGAUGAGCUUCUUGAUGAGUUCACUGAGGGAAAUUUGACUACUUUGACGGAUUUCAAGAGGCUGUGGGCAGCUAGAAAGUUCUCAUACAUCUAUGAAGCUAGACCUACUACAAACUCUGCUUUCUUCAUGCAAUCCCUUUUCUCAUAUUGCAUCAGUAACAUUGUUUCUCAAGCCCCGCUGGCAAGGCGAUUGGGUGGUCUUUAUUGCCUUUAUUGUCUUCAUCAGACACAGCCCUACAAACCUAGCUUCAAGAUUUACUUGUCCCUUGAUGAAUUGAGGAGACUUAGAAAGUUGGUGAUUGAUGCGAAGGAAAAUGGCAUCAAAGUGGUUAUCGCAUUAGUGAAAAGAAUGCUAGUUAUGAACAUGUUUCUAUUUGGUUCUGUCGAUAUAGCUGGUGGUUCUGUAACUCAGAGAGUUGAGGAAAUCACUAAACUGCAAAACAAGCACAUUCAAAUUGCAUGUGAGAAAUUAUUGUCUAACACUCAGAUUGAGGACUUUCUGCAUAUGGACCUCGGUGCAGAAAUGGAGCUUAAAGUACUCAAAAAAAUGUCAGAAGAAUAUGAAAAUGCAAAGCAACUGGCUAUCAAAGAGGCUAGUCAGAAGGUUGAGGUUCAGGACAUAAAACAUAUAGCAGAAAAUAAGAAACUGGUAGGGAACAUGGUGAAAGAAAUAGUGGAUGAAUGGGAUGCUCAAAAGGAAAUGUUCUAUAAGCAGACAGGCAUUAGCCAGCGAAACGAGGUUGCACUUGUUGAUGAUUUUGAUGAAUUGGAACAUCUACUGAAUGAAUGAAGUUGAUAAACCAAACUGAUUUCAAUCACCUUUAGCCUUCUUCAUGUUCGAGCAGGAUGAACAGAUUGGGGAAGACAAACACAAUGAAGCUCUUUUUUCAUGCUGAAGUUGCUGAGGAGUAAAAGUACUCAUUCCUGAGCAAUGAAACCAAAAGAAGUGUACUCUACAAAGUCAUACACAAGGAUGGGAUUUUGUUCCUGGUUCUUGUAACUAUCGGCUAUUUCAAUUUUCAACUGAAAUGUCACUUGUCCUCCUGUGCAUGGCUUACAGGUCAAAUGAUCAAGUUGAAAUUUUGUUCAUAUGAACUAUAAUUUGUUAUUCUAUUUUGAGAUGUGUGAAAAAUAUGUAUAAUUCACAUCUAUUGUUUGCGUUGCGUGUAAAUCUUAUUUAUCAGGUUUAAGGUGGAUA